GUACCCCGGCAUAGGUUAUAUAUCCACACGUGCGAGUACGCACCGCAGGGAGAUAUCUUAGUUUAAGAAAAGUAGUAAUAAUCUCACCAUGUUGACUGCAUCUCGAAUAACAGUACAAAGUUUGAAAAAUGGAGUUAACCAGAUACCUUCCAGAACGCUAACAAACAUCAAUAAGCAUAUACCUGCAGCUUGCAGCAGAAAUAGAAAUGACCCAGUGCAGAAAAGAUACAUGUCUGACAAGGUCAAAGGUCAUGUCAUUGGCAUUGACUUGGGCACCACCAAUUCCUGUGUGUCCAUCAUGGAAGGCAAGCAGGCUAAGGUGCUGGAGAAUUCUGAAGGUGCAAGGACCACCCCAUCUGUAGUUGCCUUUACAAAAGAAGGGGAAAGACUUGUUGGCAUGCCCGCUAGACGUCAGGCUGUCACCAAUGCCCAGAACACUUUUUAUGCCACUAAAAGGUUAAUUGGUAGAAGAUUUGAAGAUAAAGAGGUGCAGAAAGACAUAGAUGCAAUGCCCUUCAAAAUUGUUCGAUCAUCAAAUGGUGAUGCAUGGUUAGAGUCCAAUGGCAAAAUGUACUCUCCAAGCCAGAUUGGGGCAUUUGUUCUCAUAAAGAUGAAGGAAACUGCAGAGAAUUACCUGGGUCAGAAGGUGAAAAAUGCUGUUGUAACUGUUCCAGCCUAUUUCAACGAUUCACAGAGACAGGCAACAAAAGAUGCAGGACAGAUUGCAGGACUUGAUGUGCUGAGAGUGAUCAAUGAACCAACUGCUGCUGCUCUGGCCUAUGGCCUUGACAAAACUGAUGACAAAAUCAUUGCAGUGUAUGAUCUUGGUGGCGGGACCUUUGAUAUCUCCGUGUUGGAGAUCCAGAAGGGAGUGUUUGAAGUGAAGUCAACAAAUGGAGACACACAUUUGGGAGGAGAAGACUUUGACAACACCCUGCUCAAAUAUUUGGUAGCAGAAUUCAAGAAAGAGCAAGGCAUUGAUCUGACCAAGGAUGUAAUGGCCCUACAGAGACUUAGGGAAGCAGCAGAGAAAGCCAAGGUUGAAUUGUCCUCGUCAUUGCAGACUGACAUUAACCUGCCUUAUCUAACCAUGGAUGCCAGCGGACCUAAACACAUGAACCUGAAGCUGACCCGCUCCAAGCUGGAGCAGUUGGUGGAUGACCUGGUCAAGAAGACUGUUGGACCCAGUCAGAAGGCUUUGCAGGACGCGGACUGCAAGAAGAGUGACAUUGGUGAAGUGCUGUUGGUUGGAGGAAUGACCAGGAUGCCCAAGGUUCAGACAACGGUGCAGGAGCUGUUUGGCCGUGUGCCCAGCAAGUCUGUCAACCCAGAUGAAGCUGUAGCCAUAGGAGCUGCCAUUCAGGGAGGCGUAUUAGCUGGAGACGUGACAGAUGUCUUGCUGCUGGACGUCACACCACUGUCACUUGGUAUUGAAACUCUGGGAGGCGUGUUCACCAAACUCAUUACCAGGAAUACUACCAUUCCCACCAAGAAAUCACAGGUUUUCUCUACAGCUGCAGAUGGCCAGACUCAAGUUGACAUCAAAGUUUACCAGGGUGAGCGCGAAAUGGCUGCAAACAACAAAUUACUAGGACAAUUUAUGCUGGUUGGUAUCCCUCCGGCCCCUCGCGGAGUUCCACAGAUUGAGGUGACCUUUGACAUUGAUGCUAAUGGCAUUGUGAACGUAUCAGCUAAAGACAAAGGAACUGGCAGAGAACAACAGAUUGUAAUCCAGUCUUCGGGUGGUCUUAGUAAAGAUGAAAUUGAGAACAUGGUUAAGAAUGCUGAGAAAUAUGCCGAAGAGGAUACAAAGAGAAAGGAAAUCGUGGAAGCCAUCAAUCACGCAGAGUCCAUAGCACAUGACACAGAAAGCAAGAUGGACGAGUUCAAAGAUCAACUACCAACUGAAGAGUACGACAAGCUGAAGGAGGCCAUUGCAGAUGUGCGCCAGGUCAUAGCCAACAAAGAUAAUGAAACUCCAGAAACCAUUCGUCAGAAGUAUUCUGAUCUACAGCAGAAGUCUUUGAAGGCCUUUGAGGCUGCUUAUAAUAAGAAGAUGAGUGAGAAUGCCCAGCAAGACCAGUCCAGUUCAGAAUCCUCUCAAGAACAAAGUGAAGAUAAGAAAGAGGACAAGAAUUAAACCAACACGAGGAGCAUUAUUCUUAGCAGACCACAUAUUGACAUAACGCAAAGGCAUUUUAAAAGUUAAACAAUGCAUAAAACUGAUUUAUUAUUUAAUUUUGUGCAGAAACACCAGUUGUAACAGGAAAGAAAUAAGUGUUGCCCUGAGAAGUCUGGAGGUGGAAGUAGUAUGUAUAUUUUGUCAUAAAUUUAACAUCGAUGACUCGACACAUGGGCUGGAAUAGUCGUCUGGCAUCUUAUUGAAUGUGGCAUGUUUUUCACAAAGUCUCAUAACCUCCUUCCGGACUACAUUGGGAUGGACUUCGUUAUUGUGAUUAGUUUAAAGAUCACCUGAUCAAACCAAAUUAUAUGAAUGAAAGCAGUGCAUAAGUAUAUUAAUAGUUGUGGGUUCAUAGUUUACAUAUGAAUAGUAAUCAUUGCGAGGACUUAGCAUUUUGUAAAUAGUUGUCAUGUACAGGUAGGUGUUCGUUAAAUCACUUGAAGUAAUGAAGUUGGUUUGGUUACCUUUUAUUUUGGAAAAAUUGUAUAUUAAUAAAGUUAAUAUUGGGUGUUGUGAUUACCAAGAGAAAAAAAGGUAACAAUUUGUUGCACAUACAUAAUUUGAAUGGAAGCUACAUUGCGCCAGUAUUCCAAUAUAUUUCUUUAGUUCUGGUCAAUGCAUGUCAUCUUUGUUACCAGUAUAACGAUAUUUAAGAAACCGGAAUGUACAUGAAUAGACUUAAAUCUUGCAUUUAGCUCCUUUGGCUGUUACUUGCACUUGGAUUUUUUUCAUGCAAGCAAUUCAAAUAAAUCUUUAUUUAUCAA